ACGUUUGAUUUUGGAUAAAGCAGACGUUUUUCAUCUGACCUACGUCUAACUGCUCAUUAUUCAACAUAUAUACACCCACUCUAACAUAUAUAUAUAGAGAGAGACACAUACAUACAUACAUACAUACAUACAUACAUACAUACAUACAUACAUACAUACAUACAUACAUACAUGUGUACAAGCAUACAUACUUGCGUACAUAUAGACUCAAGCUCGCCUCAACUGAAGUUCAUUGCCACUGUUACUAAAUAAUAAGCAGAUACACUUUAUUGCGUAAAAAAUAUUUGUGAGGAUUAGAAAAAGAAAUAAAAGAUUACAAGCUAAAAAUACUCACCAAACCAGGUUAAAAUGACUUCUUGUUUGGUUAAUCAUAUUAUGAAGUUUGCUGCUUUUCUUUUGUUUGUUGUUUUGUUAACUGACGACCUGCCAUGGGUUCAUGGGUCAAGAUUUUCCUCUCCAGGUAAAGAAGACCUGUCUAGAACGACAGAAAAACUUAUUGAUCACAUAUACAAGUAUCAAGCUAAAAGGGAUUCGCAAACCUUCCUCCCGUUUAAAUGGGGCCAUAAAAAAGGCAUCUACGAAAGCGAUGUGAAGUUAUACUUUCAUGGGAAACCUAUUAUGAGCCUCAUUAGGGAUCAGUUUGCUGUCUACGAUGUAAACAUGUUUGCCACGGCCUGGAUUAAUUUCGCCUUGCUAGAGGCCUACAGCUUCAAUAAAAUAGCUAAACCAUCGGCCCAGAACUUGGAACAAUCACUAGAAGCCAUUUCCCAGUUCUCAAACCAUAAUGUGAAUUAUAGUAACUCGGUGAUGUGCUUUUGGCCGCAGGAAUACAACGAAACAACGCAAAUGUGGGAAAGUUCACCCAAGAAUUUAUUGCAUUUGGUCAAAUUCUCUAAUUAUCUUCCGUUUGAUUUUAUUGACCAUUUACUGAGUGUCUUUGGGCUUCGUGAAUUGGAGAAGGACAUUGACAACAUUAUCAGCAUGAAACACUUUCUCGAAGACGCAGCUAAUAAAGGAAGAGAUGUGGCGCUCGUAUCCACCUGGGUCCAAAAUAUUAACGAAUCACGGAAAUUGUUUGCCGAAGGAGUCGCCAUGCCAUUCAAUGUUAACAAUGUAGAUUGCGCAGUUGCUGCUAAUACCAUAUAUGGUAUUACUUCUGGCGUUCUCUCUGGUCUUUUACCUGCUAGCAUUCUCGAUGAUCCUGACAUUCAGCAAAUCUACCUCAACACAUCGAGUAUGUUGGAAUGGCAACUACGUACCCGGCUUUCUGACCGCACAGAUCUUGCUUUGCCCUAUUACCCGUCACUACUAGAGUUCUACUGGUUUGUAUCCCGCACUGUAUCGGCCGUGGAACGAGCUCGUUUACAAGGAAAUAUUCCACACAAGGCUUUGGAGGAAGCGUACCAGUUAUUAUCGGAGGCACAGAGAACAGCUACGACAGAGCAUAUUUUGUCUCUGGCAACAAGGGAGGCAACUGGCGUUUACUUCGAUGGAUUCAUUGGGGACGCUGAUAGUACGAAUAAAGCCGAAGACCGUCUCUUUACGACGUCCGUUGCUGUGAAUGCUCUACAAGGAAUAUGGACCGUCUAUGAUCACAAGUCUGGCAAGAAUAUCUGGAUCAAAGAGACACCGCAGAACGUAAUCGAAACCGUAACCUCAACAGUGACAUUCCUACAAGAAAACGUAUUCAACAACCGUUACAGACCUUGGAACGCUUUCUUUUCUGGUUCCGUCAAAGGAUUAAGUACUUUGCCGUUUCUUUACCCUUUCAACCGUUUUGACAAUUCAACGACCAUGAUAGGCCGAGUGAUGGCCAUGGAAGGAACGAUAUCCGAAGAGGAAUAUAUCGCGAAAACCAAAGAACCUGUUCCGAUGAUGGGUAACAUGACUACACCGAUGGAAUUCCACGGUUUCAACAAAGAACAAAAUGUGUUCCCCUUCUGGACAUCGGAACCGUACACGUACGCCACGACAUUGUUGGCUCUCAGUCACUUCCAGAACACCGAGAAGAGGGAUGCGUAAGGGAAGACCAGCGUCGACGACCACAACUACAAUGAAAACGACAAACGACAACCCCACAGAACCUAUUACGGUUCGCUUAGCAGUAUGAUCGCACCACAACGCCGCCCCCUGGCGACAAUAACAGCGAUUAACACCACACUAUCAACAAUACAUAACAACAGCAAUAACAACAACAAUAAGGACCACCACCACUACAACCAUCAGCAUCAUCAACAAUGACAAUAGGAGCAACAACAACAGCAACAUCACAAAGAUGGAAACAAUCAAACAUCUUCAGAAGUUUUACGAUACAAACCAGUGGUUAAACUUACCUACGUUAUUAUUAUUAUUAUUAUUAUUAUAUUUGAGCAUCGUCGUUUUAUUUUUGUCAAAUAUAUAUAUAUAUUCACUAUA